CAUUAAAAAAAACGAAAGACACUCGUCUCACUUCGUCUCUCUCCCUCCUCCCCCAGCCAUACCUCGGCGUCACCUACUCUGCCCCUACCGCCAUCCCGCAGCACCCGUCCCCCUCCCCGAAGCGCAUCGCCGCCAGGUGUAGCCAACCAACUGUAAAGCCAGGGAAUCCAUAACCAAACAAUCGGACCUCAAACACACAAAUCAAAUACACAAUAUUCACACCAUUGAGUCCGAACCCAAUUGUGCAUUCCAUCACAUCUCACAUUACACACAUUUUUGCAUCUGCAUCCAUGGCUUCUUCACUUGGUCGAAAAAGAACCCACGCUCCCAAAGGAUCCUCCGCCCUUAACGACGACGUUUCCUGCGAGGUAUGCAGCGGUGGCCACUCCCCUUCCAAGCUUAUUCUCUGCGACAAAUGCGACCGUGGUUACCACCUCUUCUGCCUCCGUCCAAUUCUUCCCUAUGUCCCCAAAGGCUCUUGGUUCUGCCCCUCUUGCUCCAAUCACAAACCCAAGUCUUUCCCCCUUGUCCAGACCAAAAUCAUCGACUUCUUUCGAAUCCAACGCUCCCCCGAGGCAUUAUCAAAUCAAGACACGCGGAGGAAGCGAAAGCAGGGUGGGGGCUUGGUGGUAACGAAGAAGAAGGGGAAGCUGGCGUCUUUAGUUUUUUUUUUUUUUAAUAAUUUUUAAAAUAAAUUAAAGAUGAUUAAUUAAGAUUAGAGAUACUUAAAAAAAUACUUAUUAUGUGCCUAUCAGAUGUUGACACAUGUCAUGUCAUUAUGACGACGACCAACAUUAUUUUUACAAAAUAAAGAUCCAAGU